AUGCUAGUUGGGAAUUGGCAUAGGGGAGUACUCUUUCGGGCGGCAUUGAAGGCGGUAUCUUCAUCUUUGUUGAGUGGCCAUGGUAAUGACAAAGAGAAGCAGUUAGUGUUCGAGGCUCAAGAAACUAUUGGAGUUCGAAGAGUAUUGGGUCUUAAUUGUAAUGGGAUGGACCAAGAAACAAUUCAGAGAUGUUUCGGUAGGAGUAGGAAGUGGAGGAAGAUUAAAGUUGUGCUCAGAGAUAGAAGUGUUGAUAUAGCGUUUUUCCAAGAAUCUAAGAAGCAUAAGUUGAAAGAAGCUGAGGAGGAACUCCAUUCUCUUGAUUUAUGUGCUGAGUAUAGAGAUCUAGAUGAUGGUGAAAAAAGUAAAAGGCAGGCAUUAAAGGGAGAGGUGUGGCUAUGGAGGAAAAAAGAUGAAUGGUUGUGGUUACAAAAGUCAAGGAUGUCAUGGGCUUUGAAGGAGGAUAGAAACACUAGAUUUUUUCAUAUUAUGGCAUCCAGUCGGCAAAGUAAGAUUCUGAUCAACAUUUUAUGUGUAGAUGAAGUUCAGUAUGAUGAGCCAACAAGUAUCAGAAGGGAGGUUAGGCCUACAUUGGAUGGGUCCUUUAAGUCUAUUGGGGCUACAGCUAUAGUGGCCGAACUUGAAUCUGAGUUUUCAAAGGAUGAAAUAUGGGCUGCAAAUGCGUUUAAACCAGAUAUUCUGCAAUUUUUCAAGGAGGUCCACAUGCAUGGGAAGUUAAUAAAAGGUAUUAUUAAUUCCUUCAUUACUUUAAUUCCUAAGAAGGACUGUCCUGAGUCCUUAGCAGAUUAUUGCCCUAUUAGCUUGAUUGGUUUUUUGUACAAAGUACUAUCUAAGAUGCUAGCAAAUAGAGUGAAGAAAGUUAUUCCUAAGGUGGUUAGUAACGUACAAUCUGCAUUUCUAAAAGGAAGAAAUGUUCUAGAUGGAGUUUUGAUUGCUAACGAAGUUGUGGAUUUGUGGAAAAAGAAGCAUGAGAAGGGGGUGAUACUAAAAAUUGAUUUUAAAAAGGCCUAUGAUUCAGUGAACUGGGGUUUUUUUGUUGCAUAUGAUGAGGGGCUUUGGUUUUGGGGAUGGAUAUGUCAGCUGGAUCAAGGAUCUUUGGGUUUGGUCAAAGGAAUAACACUUAGAGAUGGUGAUGAAGCUAUCACCCACCUACAGUUUGCGGACGACACUAUUAUUUUUUGUGAAGCUGAAAGGAGGGAACUGCUAACCAUCAAAAGAAUUCUCCGAGGUUUCGAGAUUAUGUCUGGGCUUAAGGUUAAUUUUCAUAAGAGUAGUGUGUGUGGUGUAGGAGUGACUGAUAUGGAAGUAUCUGAAUUUGCAGAUCUUCUUCACUGCAGAAGGCAGAAGCUUCCGUUUACUUAUCUUAGGUUGUUAUUGGGUGCAAGUCCCCGAAGAGUAGCCACAUGGAAGCUAGUAAUUGAGAGGUAUGGGUCUUCGGGUGGGGGUUGGCAGCCAUUUUUGGAUGAUAUUAGUAGAGGCUCAAGAGUUUGGGGUGAUAUCCUUUUAUUUGCUACUGGUAAUGUUCAAUUGGGAAUGUUUUACUUGUCACAAAUUAGAAUUGUUGUUGGUAAUGGGUGCAAAAUUAGUUUCUGGGAAGACAAUUGGGCUGGUGAACAAAGUUUUAAAGAGCUGUUUCCAAGAUUGUCUUUGUUAUCAAUAGAGAAGGAUACCAAUCUUGGGAUGAUAUUAGCAAAUAUAGUUGAUUCUGGAAGUUGGGGGUUGGAGUUCAGAAGACCGCUUAGAGCAUGA